AUGUCGAGCAAAAAGGCUAAGGGAAAGACCACGAAGAAGCGCCCUCAGCGCGCCACCUCCAAUGUCUUCGCCAUGUUUGACCAGUCUCAGAUUCAGGAAUUCAAGGAGGCCUUCAACAUGAUCGACCAGAACCGUGAUGGUUUUGUUGACAAAGAGGAUCUUCAUGAUAUGCUUGCCUCACUCGGGAAAAAUCCUACUGAUGAAUACCUGGAGGCCAUGAUGAAUGAAGCUCCUGGACCCAUUAACUUCACAAUGUUCCUCACAAUGUUUGGAGAGAAGCUCAAUGGCACAGACCCUGAGGAUGUGAUCAGAAAUGCCUUUGCUUGCUUUGAUGAGGAGGGGACAGGUUUCAUCCAGGAAGAUUACCUCAGAGAGCUGCUCACAACAAUGGGUGACCGGUUUACAGAUGAGGAGGUGGAUGAGCUUUUCAGGGAGGCCCCCAUCGACAAGAAGAGUAACUUCAACUAUGUGGAGUUCACACGCAUCCUAAAGCACGGUGCCAAGGAUAAGGACGAUUAAAGAGCUAAACCAUCAUCUUCCUCUCCACCCUCUUCCUCUUCCAUCAGCUAGAUGCCAGUGCUGCAUGUCUCGACUCUCCAGUAUGAACCCCAUUUAAAACAAACCAAAGCAAUAAAUAUCCACUGUUUGCUGUGAACCUCCAGUAAUGCCAGAUUUACACAUCUAUAAUGAAGAAAAAAAUAUAAAGUUGUCAAAUGUUGGGUUUUUUUCUGUCAUGUGAAGAUGUGGAGUGGCAGCACAUUGGGAGCUCUAAGGGAUAAGUCUUUGGAAUUCAUAUGAUCGGGCUUAGCUGACUUUUUACAUUUUAUAAUAUAAACUUUUUAAAUAAAGCCCUCUAUCAAGUUGUACUUUGCCGACUGUUUCCCUUGCAUAAAAGACAACUGAAACUAG